CCUUGUAGGUGCGGAGCUGCGCAAAUGAGAAGCGGGUGCCACCAUGUUCCUGAAUAAGUGCGAGGGGGACCUGGGUGAGCUGCGGAAGCCGGGAGACGGAGAGGACACCCCACCAGCCACCACCGAGGAGGAGCAGCCCAAGAAGAAGCACCGGAGGAACCGAACCACCUUCACCACCUACCAGCUGCAUGAGCUGGAACGCGCCUUCGAGAAGUCCCACUACCCCGACGUCUACAGCCGCGAGGAGCUGGCCAUGAAGGUCAACCUGCCGGAGGUCCGCGUGCAGGUCUGGUUCCAGAACCGACGAGCCAAGUGGAGGCGGCAGGAGAAGAUGGAGGCCAGUUCCAUGAAGCUCCAUGACACCCCUGUGCUCUCCUUCAACCGGCCCCCCAUGACGCCCAACGUGGGCCCCAUGAGCAACUCCCUCCCACUCGACCCGUGGCUGACAUCACCCAUCUCCAGUGCCACCACGGUCCACAGCAUCCCUGGCUUCAUGGGAGCCCCCCAGGCCCUGCAGCCCCCCUAUGGUGGGCACUCCUUCCUCAACACCCCCCCGCCGAUGGGGCAGGGCAUGCAGCCCAUGGCCCCCGCGCCCUACCAGUGCGGCACCACCUUUGUGGACAAGUACCCGCUGGAGGAGGUGGACCAGAGGAGCUCCAGCAUCGCCUCCCUCCGCAUGAAGGCCAAGGAGCACAUUCAGACCAUUGACAAGACCUGGCAGCCCAUUUGAUGAACACUCCCCUCCAGGCUCCUGCCCCAGCAUUGCCUCAGCCCUGGGGCAGGCGAGGGGGCUGACGGUGGGAUGCUCAGCAGGACCA